GCUUCGCCGACGGUUCCCUCUACACCGUCACCACUCGCCAUGCAUUCUGAGUAACGGACUCAGGGUUUUAUUUUUGGACUGCUAUGGAGCCUGUGCUUUCCAUUUGAAGGAAGGGGAGAUAGUUGAACUCAACAUGAGUCUCCCGUUCUGACAGUCCAAGCUGGGACAAGCAGGCAGCCGCCGGACACCCCUGAACAGCAGACGAACAGGGGACCUCGUCUGAAGUGUCUUCAACUGUCUUCUGUUACAGUCAUCUCUUGGGGGCUGAAGAUUUAAUGGCUGUCAAUAUUGGCAAUGCUGCCCAGGCAGGCCUGCUUUCCCAGCAGUACCCCCCACCUUUGUUUCCCAAACCUGGGAAAGAAAAUGUCCGGCUCCAGAAACUACUCAAGAAGACAGCAAAGAAAAAAGCUGCAGCCCAGGCCUCCCAACCGUCGGUCCCCUUCCGCUCAAGCCUCUCUCCAGUAAAUGAAGCAAGCCCUGACUUGGAGCACAGUGAUCACUCAACUCCUCCUAAGACUCCAGAAACACCUUACUACAUUGGCACGGUACACCCACGCUUCAACGUCCGACCACUGUAUCAGCACGUGUCGUCUCCUUAUCCUCAUCACAGAGAAUUCACUUAUGGCAAGACGGCAGGGUUUUCACCACAACCAUAUGCAGCUCCCCAACGCUUGUCUCCAGCAUUUACAUACACAGCCUCACCAGUACCAGGACUUGAUACACAUGAACCUGUUCCAGUCACUAUUCUACAAACUUCAAAAAGAGUGGAAGUCAGCUCAAAUCUUAUCACUCAUGUAACCUCUAAAUCUCCAAGCCCUCAGCCUGCCACUUUAACUGUUUCUAGAACAGCAAAACCAUUGUUUGAAGUUCCUCAAAUCACCAAUUACACAGCAAAGUCAGUAGGUGUGAGAACACCUCAUGCAUCGCCAACAAGGAGUAAAACACCUACUGCAGAGUUACUGAGAGGCCCAACGCCAACAUUUGAGGUUAGAAGGAUAGUGACACCAACAUCUGAAAUAAGAAGAGACAGAACACCAACCAGAGAGAUCAAAAGGGUUACAACACCAACAUUUGAAGUCAAGAGGAUUACAACCCCAACUUCAGAAAUUAAGAAACGACAAACUCCAAUUUCUGAAGUCAAGAAAGAGACAAUUCCAUCUUCUCAAAUGAAUAGGGUCAGUACUCCUGCUUCAGAGACUAAACAAAAUGCAACACUGACUCCUGAGACAAAAUGUGGCACAACUCCAACGCUAACGGCAAAGGGGGCUACAACACCAACAAGAGUAAAGACGCCAACAUUUGACUUUAUUUCAACAAAAAUACCUUCAGGGCAUCCCAAGACACCUUCAAAUCAUGUGUCACGUGUUAGAGUACCUGUGAUUGAGAUUUCAAGACCAAAUCCUCUUUUAUUUGCUGUGUCUCCUGUGCACAUGGAGGGCAGAAGAUCCAAAACCCCAACCUCAAGUUUGACUGGUCCACAUGAUGAAAUGCAUAAAAUAGCAAAUCAAGUGAAUGACACCAAUCAUUCAGAAAUAUUACAAAAUGGGGACACAGAUGUCAAAACAACUGAACCCUUACGAGAAAAGCUUGAUAAGGCCACAGAAAACCUGUCAGAACUUGAGUCAUUAAAGGCACAAAUUCAGGAAAGCCAAAAUGAGGAGCCAAAGCCUAAAACCCCAACAACACCCAAGAUUGAACCUGCACAGCCUGCUUUAUCAGCUGGGUAUCAAAAAACGUUAUCUACAGUCCCUUCAUUUGCAGGUCAAAGACCCAAAACACCAACAGCACCUAAAUCCAAACCAACAUAUUAUGGAUUGACUCCUUCUGAAUAUGUUGCCCAUGGAGGAAUAAAGAGUUACACGCCCAGUUUUAGCAUUUCUACACCAGCUGCACUAGAGGAGACAACUCAUCUUCCAAAACAGGAACCAGUAGUACCUCAACCUGGUGCAAAUGUGACCUUGAUGAAUGACAAAUCUGAGGUAGAGCCUAAAGGAAAAGUUGAAGUCCAGCCACCUCAGGCUUGUGUUGUUGUGGUGGCUCCACCUCCAGAGGUUUCAAAGUUAGUAUCUGAGCCAGAAGAAAACUCUAUAAGGGACAUUCCCAAGUCAACUGUGCCAGAAUUAAAAGCAAAAAAUUCUGAUGUUAAAAUUCCAACUAUUGUGGUAUCUGUAGCUGACACACUACCAUCAGAAGCAAAAGCAGAACCAAUAAGUACAGUGAAGCCAAGAGUCAGAACUCCAACCUAUGGAUCUCCCAGACUUUCCCAAAUGACACCGACCCCUCCAAUUGUGAAGGUAACUCCGAAAUCUGAUAGUAAGGCUGUGCUGUUAUCUGAUAAAGAUGUGGGAAAGCCAGCUCUUCCAAAGGUGUCAGAAGGUAAAGUUAAUGCUGAAACAACCAAAGUAACAGAGAAGCCAACAGAGGCAAAAAUGUCUUUGUUAGAGAAAAUUAAGAAGCAGAAGCUUGAGGCUGCUUCCUCUGAAAAAGGAGAGGUUACAGAUGUGGUUAAACCACUGGCUAAACCAAAAGAAGACCAAAAGAACCUUGAAACAAAGGACAAUGAACCUGAAAAGGUUGACAGAGUGGAGACAAAAGCUAGCCCACAACAGGAGAUCAGGUCUGCAGUGGAAAAGGAGGAGGGUGAGGAAGGUCCCUCCCUAACUGCAGAGCCUCUCCUAAAGGUGAUGCAGAAACCAAAAGGCAUGAAGUCAAAACUCAGUGGCUGGUCUCGCCUUAAGAAACACAUGGUGGUUGAAGCAGAGGAGCCCAAGUUUCCAGAGGCAGAGCCUGCGUCAAAGAAAGAUGUCCCUGCCAGCACUGAUCAAAAUGUAAGUGAAAUGCAAAAUAAGUCUGAAGGCGAAGCUACGCCUACAGACAGCCAGGACAGCAGAGACUCCCCAAGGGCAGCAAAAAUGUGGGAUGCUGUCCUCUUCCAAAUGUUCUCCACUAAAGAGAAUAUAAUGCAACAAAUUGAAGCCAACAAAACCGAGGAGCAAAAGAAGAUGGAGUCAGAACAGAAAAUGUCAAAAGAGAUUCCCACAUUUGCGCAUCGUUUGCCAGUUCUCCUAUAUAGCCCGCGGUUUGAUGCCAGACGACUAAGAGAGGCAACUUCGCGUCCAGCAACAAAGAUUGCAACAGUUUUUGAAAUGGGACUCAUAGGCCGCAAAAAUAAAGAGGAAGAACCAAAAGACUUUAAUAGAACAGCCAAAGGCUUCAGUACUUCUUAAACCACUGACGUCUAACUGGAUAAUAUAUAAAUAGUGGGCAAGGUUGUUGUUGGCUUUCAUUGCGAUGGUAGAGUUCUGUUUAUUAUCCAGUCUAAUUCUUUACAUAUGCUUUUAUAACUUUAAACCAGGUCAACUGGCAAGUAAACUAAAAAAAAAUACUAUCUCUCAAAUGCACAAUAACUUAUUUGUAGUAGAUAUUUGCCCACUUGUGAACUGGCAUUAGCCAUUUAAGCUAAUUAGAAUAUUGAAGAAAGAAAAAUCAUAUUGUUUUGAAUCUUUUAAAUUAAAGAGUUUAUUGCUUAAGA